CAAAUGUGCCACUGCGGCAAAGCCUGUCGCACAGCCUGUGUGGCAUUUGCUUCGAGAUCUUCCUGAGGUUGAUCGCCUGCUAACAUUCGACUAUAUACACGCGACGCCGUCAUGUUGGUGUAGGGUCCUUUCUCUGCUUUUUCUCCCUAAUCAAUUUGUCCAUCCGUUUUGUCCUGGAUAGCCCCCCCACAAAUGUCUACUUCGGCGCACGACUACGGCUACGAUGAGAAAGGUGUGGUCGAAGGAGGCAGGCCCCCACAUAUGAUGGACGAAACGCCCAUCGCUCGCGGCGUCCGCACUCAUUCGUCUGACGAUGAGGAGAAUAUCCGACGAGGCUCGCAUUCUUCGUCUACUAACAGGAAGCAAUCGGUCGUUGCGUCGCUGAAGGCCAACUACGGGCUCGCGGACGCGCCAACAUAUGCGGAUAGCAUCAAGGUCGGAUAUGAUAGUACCCAUCGAAAAUUGAAGCCUAGACAUAUCCAGCUCAUUGGCAUUGGUGGGACGAUCGGGACGGCACUGUACGUCCAGAUCGGACGCGGUCUGCUGAAUGGAGGACCCGGGAGCUUGUUUUUGGCCUUUACGAUUUGGUGCACCUUCAUCCUCUGCGUGACCAACUGCAUGGCCGAGAUGGUGACCUACCUUCCAAUCUCUUCUCCAUUCAUCCGCUUCGCAGGCCGGUACGUCGACGAAGCGUUCGGUGUGGCUGCGGGGUACAACUUCUUCGUGUUUGAAGCCAUGCUUGUGCCCUUCGAAAUCGUCGCCUGCAACGUCAUCAUCCACUACUGGAGCGACGUCGUGCCGGCCGGCGGGAUCAUCGCCAUCGUCAUCGUCUGCUACGCCUUGAUCAACCUCUUCGCGGUCCAAUGGUACGGCGAAUCCGAAUUCUGGCUCGCCCUGGGUAAAGUCCUGCUCAUCGUCGGACUGAUCAUAUACACCUUCAUCGUCAUGCUCGGCGGCAAUCCACUCGGCGACCGGUUCGGCUUCAGAUACUGGAAGGACCCGGGCAGUUUCACGGAGCUGUACUACGGCGGCAGUCUGGGCCGGUUCCUGGGGUUCCUGCAGUGUCUGAUCCAAGCGAGUUUCACCAUCGCCGGGCCGGACUAUGUGAGCAUGGCGGCGGGCGAGGCCGAGAAUCCGCGCAAGGUCCUGCCCAGGGCGUACAAGGCCGUCUUCUACCGGUUGACGACUUUCUUCAUGCUGGGUUCCUUGUGCGUGGGCAUCCUGGUGCCCUACAACGACGCCGAGUUGACCGAGGCCUUCUCGACGGGCAAGCCCGGCGCCGCGGCGAGUCCGUAUGUCGUCAGCAUGAACAGGCUCAGGAUCCAGGUGUUGCCGCACAUUGUCAAUGCCAUGGUUUUGGGCAGUGCGUUCUCUGCGGGGAAUAGCUACGUGUACUGUGCGAGUCGGAGUCUGUUUGGCCUGGCGCUCGAGGGCAAGGCGCCGAGAAUCUUUGCGCGGUGCACGAGGAACGGUGUGCCCAUUUAUUGUGUCGCGUUGGUCCUGUUGAUAAGUUUGUUGAGCUUCUUGCAGGUCAGCAACAGCUCGGCCGUGGUCUUGGGUUGGUUUGUCAAUUUGGUAACGGCGUCGCAACUGAUCAACUUCGCCGUCAUGUCGUUCACGUUCAUCAAGUUCAAGAAGGCGCUCGAGGCACAGGGCAUCGAUCGCAACACGUUGCCUUACAAGUCGUGGUGGCAACCGUUCUCGGCGUACUACGCGCUCGUGGGUACCUUCAUCAUGACUUUCGUGGGAGGGUAUACCGUGUUCUUGCCGGGCUUCUGGGACGUGCCGACCUUCUUCUUCAGUUACACGAUGAUCGGCGUGUUUCCCGUCCUGUUUGUCGGGUGGAAGUUCUUCAAGAAGACCAAGUGGUUGAAGCCCGAAGAGGUGGAUCUCCGGAAGGAUAUGGAUGAGCUCGAAGAGUAUGAACGGGAUUAUGUGCCAAAGCCGCCGCGGAACACGUUCAUGAAGUACUUUGACAAGGUAUUCAGCUAGAUUGCCACCUGGAUUUGAACUAAGUUGGAGCUGUUUGGGCUGUACUGUGCACAGACGAGGAGCGUGUAUAAGACGCGCAAAAGACAACUGAAAGAACAGCUCCCUUGGCAUAUAUAUUGAAAACGAUGUGGGAGUGAUACUGAGACUGGUUUAGGUUCUUGUAGCAUGUGGGCUUGUAUGACGCGCAAAUCAUGUAGAUGUUUGGUACUCUGCGAAAUUAAAGGCAAGGAAGUGAUUCUGCGUCGAGCUAUCUGGAAGACUCGGCUGUAACCUGGUCCAUU